AUGCCUGUCACCAAGCUGCCGCCUAUCCUCGAGUUCCACACGUGUCCCGACCUCACACAAACCGAUAUUCUAGACACACUCUUUGAGCCGAGUCCAGCCAUCCAUGCCACGUUGCUUCCCGUCAUUCGCACCGCUGAGUACAGGUCAUGGCCGGAUCUCAUUGACGCCUGCCAGAUCCGACUCCUGUCUCUGGCAGCAUCGACGUCUGUUGGAUCGAUCCAUCCCACUUUGCAGUCUGUUUUGGGCUCCCACCCUCGCCUUGGUGAGAAGAAGAUUGAGUCGGCUCAGUCCGCUGCAGAGCAGGCUCAGAUACAGAAGAAUACGAACCCGGAGCAAGAGGAAGAGCUUGCCCGACUGAAUCGCCAGUACGAGGAGACAUUUCCGGGCCUCCGAUACGUCGCAUUUGUCAAUGGCCGCGGGCGACCAGAGAUUAUGGAGGACAUGAAGGCAAGGAUUUCGACAUCUGAUCUCACAAAGGAGGUGGAUGCGGCGCUGCAGGCCAUGUGCGAUAUUGCGAAGGAUAGGGCUUCCAAGCUCCAGUAA